CGUCGGUCGAAGCGCGUCACAUCACCAUUGCAUCGACUGACUGAGACGGCUAUCGAUGCCGUCGCGCUGAUACUCACAACAACGCCAUCUGUGCUCAUAUUCCGAUCUGCGCGAUCGCUCCUCUGUAUUUUUUCGAAGUUUCCAUAUUCCGAUAGUUUCAAACGGCGGAGUAGCCCAUGACCAAGUGUCCGAACGCGUGCGCCUGUGAGUGUGAAUUCGAGGAGAUCGCGAUCUAAAUUCGCGUUCGACCCUCGGAGAACGUGAUAUCAACUACGACCGACGGGAACAGCAGCUGAAAUACCAGAGAGCGCGGCAAACGAAUCCGACGGAUCAGUCUCUCGUAGUCGAACGCGAGCGGAACAAUCCUUUGCAGAAAAGGAGCACCAUGUACUGUUGAACUGUUGCUCGCUGAUCCGCGGUGAUUUAGCGGUAGUCUGUGAAGGUUUACGGUAGACGUUGAGCCAGAGGCCGACGGUAGACGGUGACCGGGAACUACAGUUUUGUGCUUGUGGAACAUCGCGCCGCCGUUGAGAAUGGAUCACGGGAGUCAUCCCCACAUGGACCAAACCUCAGCGGGACAUGUCAUGGGCGUACCUCAUGCAAUACAUAUCCCCAUGAUGCAGAUGACGUUCAACUUCUCGGAUGACGUCACUUUGUUGUUCGAUUGGUGGCAUCCCAAAGAUGUCCUCGGAAUGCUGGUAUCAUGCGCAGUUAUCUUCGCCAUGGCAGCCACACUCGAGAUGCUCCGCGCGUUCCGGGACGCGAUGUAUGUGAGGUCGCGACAGACGGGAUCUUCUUCCUCGCUCAUAAGCUCGAGCAGCAUGUCGUGGACUUCAGCGAUUUUCGCACCCUGUCAUAUUACUCAAACGAUUCUAUACUUCAUCCAGGUUGUCGCCGGAUACAUGCUCAUGCUCCUUUUCAUGACAUUCAACGGCUAUGUCUGCAUUGCCAUCGUACUCGGAGCUACGGUCGGACAUUUCGCUUUCGGUUGGAGAAAAUCCAUGCUUUUCGAAGUCACCGCCGACCAUUGUGGAUAGAUAAUUAUAAUUUCCUCAAUCCCACUGGAAUCGUCAGGAUACCAGACCCAGAAGAAAUUCACAAGGCUGUUCUUGGGACCGUCAUUUCGGGGGGUCGAUCUAGUUUCUCAGUCUUCACGUGUCGACUCACAGCGGGAUAAGUAUGUAUUUCUUGUUCAGGGGACGACCGUGCAAUAAAACAAUGGGCAG